GAGUUCGGUCCAUUUGGGCCGCCAAUCAAAACUAGGGCUACAAUUUGAGCGGACGCCGAAAGAGCGAGAGAGAGGGAAGACCGCUGCGAACACCGCCGCUACAGCUCCGAAGAAUAGAACUUGCCCAGCCAUGGAGUUGGGAGCUUGUUCGAGGGUUUUAAGCAGUAAUCAGGCCCCCUGUUUCAGCCCAGCUAUUAGGUUUCAGCCACUCAGAGGCCUCUCUAAUCCGUCUCACCUUUCUUCAAAUGCUUCGUUUCGCUUCUUCUCUUCUAAACCAGUUCCUGCCAGAGAUUGUUGUUGCAGUGCCGUCGUCAAAGACUCCGACAGCAAUAUCUCCGUGGAAAAGGUAAAGAAGAUGUCUGGAGUAUAUUCACGUGAAUUUGAGCUCUCAAGUUUAACAGCUUUGUCACCUCUGGAUGGUCGUUAUUGGGCUAAAGUCAAGGACCUGGCUCCUUGUUUGAGUGAAUAUGGCCUAAUUUAUUUUCGAGUUAUGGUUGAGAUCAAAUGGUUGUUAAAGCUUUCACAAAUUCCUGAAGUUACUGAGGUUCCAGGCUUUAGUGCUGAAGCUCAGUCUUAUUUGCAAGGAUUGAUUGAUGGGUUUACUUUAAAUGAUGCCUUGGAAGUCAAAAAGAUAGAGAAAGUGACGAACCAUGAUGUGAAAGCAGUGGAGUACUUUUUGAAGCAAAAAUGCCAAUCAAAUCCAGAGAUUGCAAAGGUGCUUGAAUUUUUUCAUUUUGCCUGCACAUCUGAGGACAUCAAUAAUCUUGCCCAUGCUUUGAUGCUGAAAGAAGCUUUGAACACCGUCAUAUUUCCUGUCAUGGAUGAGUUAAUUAAGGCCAUUUGCAGCAUGGCUAAAGCUAAUGCUGACGUUCCCAUGUUAUCUCGCACACAUGGACAGCCAGCUUCACCUACCACCCUUGGGAAGGAAAUGGCAAUCUUUGCUGUUAGAUUAAGCAGGGAAAGGCGAGAAAUUUCGCAAGUUGAUAUAAUGGGAAAGUUUGCUGGUGCAGUUGGAAAUUACAAUGCACAUAUUGUUGCUUACCCUGAUAUUAGCUGGCCUCAAGUUGCCGAGGAGUUUGUUACAUCUCUUGGAUUAAGCUUCAAUUCCUAUGUGACUCAGGUUGAAACUCAUGACUACAUGGCAAAACUUUUCCAUGCAAUUAUCCAGUUUAACAACAUUUUAAUUGAUUUUGAUAGAGAUUUAUGGGGCUAUAUAUCUUUAGGCUACUUCAAGCAGAUAACUAAGGCUGGUGAGAUUGGGUCCUCAACUAUGCCUCAUAAAGUAAAUCCCAUUGAUUUUGAAAACAGUGAGGGCAAUCUUGGGAAAGCUAAUGCAGGUCUAUCCCAUUUAAGCAUGAAAUUGCCUAUUUCCCGUUGGCAGCGUGACCUAACUGAUUCAACAGUUCUGAGGAACAUGGGUGAUGGAUUUGGACAUUCCCUUCUUGCAUACAGAAGUGCAUUACAAGGAAUAGCAAAGCUUGAGGUUAAUGAAGCUUCUUUGUUUGAAGACUUGAAUGACACAUGGGAGGUGCUUGCAGAACCAAUACAAACUGCUGAUUUAGGGUUGGAGAUGAUGUUAGUGGUGGUCCAUAUCUUCAUGUAGAAGUCCAGUUUCACCUCAACCAUUUUGAAGACGGUGGAUCACUCAUAUCGUUUCGUUUGUGCACUAUUAUUUGAAAUAAGAUCUUGCUACACAUCUGUAAUGAAACCGCCACUAUUCAGGAUUGUGAAUACAUCUGCUGACAUGUAAUGUUCAGACAUAGAAUUACCAAAAGGACAGAAUUUUGAGUAGUAUUUAAUGUGUUUGAUAACUCCAAUUGUUAAGAGUUAGGUGCUUUGAUUCAUGAGUCAUUCUUGGACACUAUCAAAUGGCUUAGGGAUUGGCAUAACUUGAAUUGAGGUUAUUUUGAAUGUGAAACCAUUUAUAAUUCCUAAUCCAUCACCUGCUUUAUCUUUCCUUCCCUCUUGGAACAACCUUGUGAGAAAGCCCAUUCUUGGGAUUUGCUGGCCAACAUAAAGGACCCUGGGCAUGUGCCACCGCAUUCUAAGAUCUCCUUAGUCAGAUCUAGUUAGUGCCGUGCCUCACCAGCUUUAUUUGUUGUAUUCUCACAUGCUUAUCCAAGGCCUCCAUUCUGGCAUUGCAUAGCAGGAGACCUUGUUGUAUGCAUGUCAUCCUUUUAGCUGCCUCCACAUUUGAUUACGUGGCCGCCAAUUGAGAUGUUAUCUGUA